AUGGAUGAAGGUUCCACUCCAAGCUCCUUCUAUUCAUCGGCUAUGAGUACUUCUAGUUCCCUUGCGCCCGGCGACCGUAUUUUGGCUGUUAAAUCCUCUGUUGAUGGUAUUGGUUGGAACGAUCUCUAUCGUGAAACACUCGAAAGCUUCGUCGAACGUGUACACAUCACCACCAUGCACGCCUAUUCUUUCUCAAAAUUCAUCUUCCUUCGGGA